UUAUUACCACAUAUUGGAAAAAUAAAUCUUCCUCGCAACAUGUUAAAUCGACUAAUACUGCUUCUUACAAAUAUUAUAAACCUAUAGCACUUGAUCCCAUCAACCAAAAUCGACCUACAAAAGAAACCGUUAAUUUACGUCUUAAUACAACAAGACAAUUUCUUCAUCUUGUCCAGGAUCAGGGGUAUACAAAAAUGGAGACAAGUAACCUUUUGGCUAAGAGUUUAGGUAAAGGCUCAUGGCAUGCAUGGUGUAUUCGUACCUGGGCAAAUCAAUGGAAGAAUUGCAAAGAAUUAAUAAAGUCAAAAUGUGGCUGA